CCAAACGAGGGCGGGUGUGAAAGUGCCAGUCCUGCCAAAUCAGACACAAAUGAGUGUCUGUUCACAAACUGACGACAACUAAACUUGGGAAAGAAACAAACACCGGAAUAAACUAUGCAGAAGACAUUAGAUGAGGUGUGUCUGUAAUGGAAAAGGAACCUGUACUAGAUCUGUGUCACCUGACGGAGGUGGAGCAAACGGUAAUCCUCAAUGUUUUGCUGAGAGAUGCUGAACUCCGCAGCCGAGAGGAAGGUAGAGUCCGAAAGCUUCAGCAGACGGUGUCAGACCCGGUGCAUCUGCGCUCACUCUCUGGUGCCUGGUUUCACGAAGAACGUUCUAAGAGAUACGAGAAAGGAGGAGCUGAUGUUGUUCAUGCUUCUUUACGCCGUAAGAGGCGAGGAAAAGCAAGAGGAAGACAGGAAUGCAGAGAGAGAUUUGCAGGGAAAUAUGAAUGAAAGAGAGGACGAUAAGCAUCAGGAACAGAAGGAAAGCGGACAAGAAGAUGGGGAAAGUCUCAUUUCUAAUGCCAUCACUAUACCACAAUCCAGGACAAGAAACGUCACAAAGAGGAAUGAAAUAUUAGGCAGUGGCUUUGAAGACAGUGUUGAAGAGUCAGAAAACAAAGAAAGAAGAAUUUUGCCAAGCACAUCACCAACUCUUCAGAUUGACUCAGAGGGAGACAUUGACUCAGGAAGCACUGAAAUAAACUAUACUAGAUUUGGCUCGGUUACCAGUUUGACUUCCCAUCAUAUGAUGAAUGGCAGUCUGAUGAGCCUGUACAGUGUGGGGGAUUUUGGGGAUGUUGUCGUAUCAGGACGGAUCCAGUUCUCACUGCAGUAUGAUGUCAGGACGGAGGAGCUUUAUGUGCACAUAAUACGCUGCCAAGAUCUUGCAUCAGCACGCAAAAAUCGAUCAGAUCCAUAUGUUAAAGUUUACCUUCUCCCCGACAACACUUCCCGUAGUAAGAAAAAGACUGCAGUGAGGAGGAAAACAUUAAAUCCAGUCUACGAUGAAACCAUGACGUACAAAGUGCGGCGACUGGACCUCCCGGCUCGCGUGUUGAGUAUGUCAGUGUGGCACAUGGAGAGAAUGAGGAGAAACCUCUUCCUGGGAGAGCUGGAGGUCAGGCUGGGUCAGUGGGACUGGAGCCAGAACCAGCCGACCUGGCAAAACCUUCAGCCAAGAGUUCAGUUGAGUCCGGAAGCCAUCAUCAGCAGAGGAACCAUUCUGUUCUCAAUUAAGUUUGUACCUCCUGGUUCAGAGGGACGUGGAAAUCCAGCGACUGGUGAACUCCAUAUUUGGUUGAGAGAGAUUGUCGGUUUACUUCCCACAAAACGUGGCGCACCUAACACAUAUGUAAAAAGUGUGGUUUUACCAGAUGAGAGUGGUGUCAGCGGUCAGCAGACUCGUGUGGUCCGUGGUUCUGUCAGCCCAGUGUUCAAUCACACCAUGGUUUAUGACGGCUUUCAGUCCAGUGACCUCAUUCAGGCCUGUGCAGAGAUAACAGUCUGGAACCCACAUCCCUCCGGCUGUCUGGGUGGAGUCCGCCUCAGCACUGGCUCAGGCUUAAGUUACGGUCAGUCUGUUUGCUGGAUGGACUCGACAGAAGAUGAGAUCAAUGUGUGGUCAAGUGUGAUUCAGAGCCCCAACAGCUGGGUGGACACUAGUCUUCCCAUCAGAACCAACCUACAGCUCUGCUCUGACUGACCUUUGCUGAACCUACUCCAUGAAUUUGCAUCACAUGACUUUAGAUGUGUAAAGUUUCGAGUAUGACCUGUUGUACUCUACAUGAUUUGUGCUCUACAUUCUUUUUUAUAUCACUUGCAGUCUGAAAUAACUAGUUGUCAGAGUUCAGACUUUCACAGAAAACACAGUCUUUUGUUUAUAGCUUCCAUCCAUUAUAUGGAUAACAAAUAUGUUUGAGAUUUUGAGUUGAUUUUAGAGUACAGGUCUCAACCUGGAUUCCUGGAGGGCCGCAGCUCUGUACAGUUUUGCUACAACCCUAAUCAAACACAGCUGAUCCAACUAAUCAAGGUGUUCAAGACUACUAGAGACUGUGAUUUGGAUGGGGUUAGAGCUGAAGGCCCUCCUGGAAUUGAGUUUGAGACUAUUGUUUUAGAGCAUCAUGAUGUACAUGUCAAAACUCACUCACUGCCAUUCACCUUUUAAUAAUGUAGUAAUCAGUACACAGUCUCAGAAAUAAAGGUACGUGAGCUGUCACUGGGGUGGUACCCUUUCAAAAGGUACACAUUUGUACUUAAAGGGUCCACAUUGGUAACUCAGAGUGUAUAUUAGGAUAUAAAAAUUUUAAGAGGAACACUUUUGUACUUUUUAGGUACUGAUAUGUACCCUUGAAGUGUUAAUGCGGACCUUUUAGAUACAAAUUUGUAACUUUUAAAAAGGUACCACCCCAGUGACAGCUCGCAUACCUUUGUUUUUGAGAGGGUAGGACAGGAAUGAGACUGUCGUCCAGACUUUAUUUUCUAUUUUGCUUGGAUUUGAUGCAAAAUAUUCCUCACUCAUUUGAUAUGUAUUACAUUUUGAUGAACUGUGUUGUUGUUAGAUUAUAUAUUUUAGGAGUUGUUAAAUUCUUAACCUGAGAAGUUCUUAAACUGUGAAUUGUAAUUGUCAUUUUCAUGAAUGUUUUGAAUAAUUAAAUUUGAUAAAGUGGAGUAUCUGCAUCUUUAAGCUAUUUUGGUAAAAUGUACAAUUUUUAAAAAGCACAUAAAGAGCUCAUCUGCAAAAAUGAGUCAUUUUUAAUUUCAUUAAUCUUCUCUUUUUUGCAAAUGAACCCUUUAAUGCACAAAAUAAAAACAUGAAAAUAUAAAAAACAUGUUUUUGCGAAUUAACUUUUAACAUGCUGACGGUUCUGUUCAAACCCUAAUGUACUGAAUAUUAACUAGUGAUUAAAGCCACUUUAUUCAUGA